AUGCUAAAGCCUGCAGUCGUCACUGACAAUGGCAGCAGCUUCAUCCGGGUGGGCUUUGCAGGCCAGAAGAAGCCCAAGUUUGUGCUAAGGACCACGUUCCUACACCCCUGCAGCGCUUGCACCACGCGGGAGGCCCAGCAGCACCACAGCACUGCUGAAAGCAUGGCAGGCUUCACUGUGGCCCCACUCAAGGAGGGCAUCAUUGAGGACUGGGACAGCAUGGAAAACCUAUGGAGCCACCUCUUCUCCUGCGGCCUGAGAGCUCCCCCAGAAGAGCAGGCAGUGCUCAUGGCUGACUCCCCAUCAUGCCCCACCACCAACAGGGAGAAGGGGGCAGAGGUGCUUCUCGAGCACUUUGGGGUGCCAGCCCUGCACGUGGCCAACACCGGGUUCCUCUUCCUCUGUGCCUACGGCAGGGUCACAGGCCUGGCUGUGGAGGCUGGGGCUGGAGUGUCCCACAUCACCUCCGUGUGCCUGGGGCAGACACAGCGGGAGGCCACGUACCGCCUGGGGGUGGCUGGUGGCUUCCUCUGCAGCUACCUGCACAGCCUGCUGACGGACAGCGCCAACGAGCUGAAGGGGAACACGGCGAGCCAGAUGAAGAAGCAAUGCUGCUACGUCUCCACGGAAUACGAAGGAGACCUCUGGAACCGAGGUUUCCAUCACCCAGCCAGAUUUCAGGCUCCUGACGGGCGCUGUAUAACCCUGCACAAGGAACGGUUCCGCUGCCCGGAGCCGCUCUUCCAACCGGAGCUGCUCCACCAAAGCUCCCCAGGGCUCCGCUACUUGGCCCGGCAGAGCCUCCAGGAGGUACCUGACCACACCAAGGGGGACAUGGUGGGUAACACUGUGCUGUCAGGGGGCUCCUCCAUGUUUCCAGGCUUUCCUGAGAGGGUGUGCUUAGAGCUGAAUGCCCUGUUCCAAGACACAGGCUGCCAGAUUCAGAUGCUGGCCAGCCCAGAGAGGGGCACAGCAGCCUGGGCAGGGGGCUCCAUAGCAGCAUCGCUCACAUCCUUCCAGCAGGCGUGGAUGGCAAAGGGUGAGUACGAGGAGCACGGUGCUGAGUACGUGCACAGGAUACUCCAAUAGGCAGAUGAUGCAUCCCGAGCAGCCCACCACAGGGCAGGAGCAGGGUCUCCAACACACUGCCUUGCUGCGGGCAGAGCUGUGCUGGUGACCCAGGGCCGGCUCCUGCGCGGCUGCAGAAACGCAAAAUCAAUGCAAUCGCUCCAAAAGAAGUAAACUGCAUUUCAUUGACAGCCCGGGUUAUUUCUGUGCCUAUCCCAUCACUCUCCUCUGCACGUGUCCCAUGUGCUGGCAACACACCCACAGCUCCUGCUGUGAAUCGAGGCCGUGCCAACUGCCUGGUACAGCCGGGC